ACUCAACUUAGAUCUUUAUUCAUUAUUGUUUUUUAUUGUUCUCAUUUGUCUUGCAGUUGCAACAUGAUCUUGGAAGCCACUAUCUUCAUUUCUCUCUUCACACUGGGAUGGUGGUUGUUUCUUGCCCCUACAACGCCCAAAAAUCUCCCUCCGGGUCCUCGUCCGUACCCUGUGAUAGGCAAUUUGACUCAGUUGGUAGGAAAACCGAUUCACUUGGCCGUGACUGACCUCGCAAAGGAAUAUGGGAACAUCUUCACGCUGUACUUACCGGGUGGUCAGCAGUGUAUCCUAAUCAAUUCCAUUGACUUGGCUCGCGAGGCCUUGCUAGUUAAGAAAGAUGAUUUCGCUGGGAGGCCCCGGACAUUCAUUGGAGAUUACCUUACACGAGAGGCUAAAGACAUUUUCUUUGCGGAUUUCUCAAAGACCAUGAUUUUGCAACGGAAACUGGUUCACUCUGCUCUACGCAUGUACGGAAGUGGUCUCAAACAGUUGGAGGAAAGGAUCUGCGGUGAAGCAGAACGACUGUUAGAUCGACUCUCCGCUCAUCAAGGAAAUGCGAUCGAUCCCAGGGAUGACAUCAGUCUAAUGGUUUUAAAUGUGAUUUGCGCAGUUACUUAUGGAGAAAGUUAUGCGCUCGAAGACGAAGAAUUCCAGCGAAUUAUAAAGUAUAACGAUCACUUCAUCCGCCUUUUCAAAGGUUUUAAUAUUCUCGAAAUGCUUCCAUGGCUGCGUUUUUUCCCAAUUGAAGAGGGACGAAUCCUUAGAGAGGCAAAAGAGUUAAGAGACGCAGUCUUAGAUACCAAGUACUACGAACACAAAAAGAAGUUUGAUGAAAGUGCGAACAGAAAAGACAUAAAUAUCCAAGAUCUGACCGAUGCGCUCUUAAAAGCUUUCUACGAAGCACAAGAAGAAGACGGAGUUUCACAGGUAUUGACGGAAGACCACCUGGUAAUGAUAAUGAAUGACGUAUUCAACGCUGGCAUUCAGUCCACUAUCGCAACGUUGCUGUGGUUACUAGCUUACAUGGUUAAUUACCCUGAUAUCCAAUCGCGCGUCCAUGUAGAAUUGGAUGAUAUCAUUGGUCGUGAUAGAAAACCGCGACUCGAAGAUCGAGGUCGUCUUCCUUAUUUGGAGAGUACCGUGGCAGAAGUGCUGCGAAUCGCAACCCCUACCCCUUUAUCGAUCCCUCACAAAUCAACACGGGAAAGUUCCCUGGGGGGAUAUAACAUCCCCAAGGAUACAAUGAUGAUGACGAAUCUGUGGGCGAUUCAUCACGAUCCAAAGGAAUGGGAAGAUCCGGAUGUGUUCAAGCCUGAACGGUUUCUUGAUGCGGGAGGUAACUCCUCAGUUUCAGGCCCCGAGGGUUAUCGAAGUUACUUGCCAUUCAGUGCCGGAAGAAGAGUGUGUUUAGGCGAGUCGCUGGCCAAGAUAGAGCUGUUUCUAGUAGCUUCUAGGCUUCUGCACCAGUUCAAGUUCGAGCCAGCACCAGGGGCACCGCUUCCCGAACUUUCUGGUAUCGUGGGGGUUGUGCUUGUUCCGAGUUCUUACAAAAUCUGCAUAAAGAACAGACACUAACUGCAUGUUGCAUGUUAUAGUACGUACCUUGCUUGUAGUACGGCAAGACCAAAUUUCGUGUAGCGUGGGUCAUUAUGCAAGAACUGUUAUUUUUUUUUUUUACUAGACCUUAAAAGUCACUUUUAACAGAAAGACUUAGCAUUACGCUAAUUAGAUGUUUACUUUUAGUACAUGGAGUAAUAAAUUAACCUUUUAAACCCUGACAUAAGUAUGCCUAUUCUCUAAACAUGCAGUUCUCCCUACAUCUCAUAUGAUAAUGACGUAGAGCCUUUGUAUAGCAAUCAAGUGCUUCUUUUUCUGGCGAUAAGUAUAUCUUAUUAGACGUUUUGUUGUGUCGUAUCGCUGAGUAUUUUUACGAGUUGUGCCGUAUUUUG